GCAGGAAUGUCUUCGGCAAUUCAAGGUGACAAGAACACAGCUGCAGCGGAUCCAAGCCAGCCUCCUGGGCUCCAUGGAGCAGGCUCUAGGGGGACAGGCAAGCCCUGCCCCUAGUGUUCGUAUGCUGCCCACCUACGUGGGGUCUACACCACAUGGCACUGAACAAGGAGAUUUCUUGGUGCUGGAGCUGGGGGCCACGGGGGCAUCACUGCGUGUCUUGUGGGUGACUCUGACGGGCACCGAAGGGCACAGAGUAGAGCCCAGGACACAGGAGUUUGCAAUUCCCCAGGAGGUGGUACUGGGCCCUGGACAGCAGCUCUUUGAUUUUGCUGCCCGCUGCCUGUGUGAGUUCCUGGACACACAACCUGUGGGCAGUCAGGGUCUACAGCUCGGCUUCAGCUUCUCUUUCCCUUGUCACCAGACUGGCCUAGACAGGAGCACCCUCAUUUCCUGGACCAAAGGUUUUCGGUGCAGUGGUGUGGAAGGGCAGGAUGUGGUCCAGUUGCUGAGGGAUGCCAUUCGGAGGCAGGGGGCCUACAGCAUUGAUGUAGUUGCGGUUGUGAACGACACAGUGGGCACCAUGAUGGGCUGCGAGCCGGGUGCCGGGCCGUGUGAGAUUGGGCUUAUUGUGGACAUGGGCACCAACGCCUGCUACAUGGAAGAGGCACGACAUGUUGCAGCACUGGACGAGGACCGGGGCCGCAGCUGCGUCAGCGUUGAGUGGGGUUCCUUUGAUGCUGAUGCAGCCCUAGGCCCACUGCUGACCACCUUUGACCUCACCCUGGACCGCCAGUCUCUGAAUCCCGGUGCCCAGAGGUUUGAGAAGAUGAUCGGUGGUUUAUACCUGGGGGAACUGGUGCGGCUGGUGCUGCUCCAUUUGGCCCAGCAUGGUGUGCUCUUUGGUGCUUCCACCUUUCCUGCCUUACUGAGCCCAGGCAGCAUCUCCCUGGAGCACGUGGCCCAAAUGGAGGACCCCUCCACUGGGGCAGCCCGGGCCCAGGAAAUCCUUCAGGAUUUGGGCCUGUGUCCAGAGGCCUCGGAUUCAGAACUGGUGCAGUGUGUGUGUGCAGCCGUGAGUACACGGGCGGCUCAGCUCUGUGCGGCGGCCCUGGCUGCAAUCCUGGCUCGACUCCAGCACAACCGUGAACAGCCGAGGCUCCAAGUGGCUGUGGCCAUUGGCGGCCGAGUUUUUGAGCAGCACCCCAGGUUCCAUGGCAUCCUUCAGGACACGGUGGUGCUCUUGGCUCCGGAAUGUGACGUGUCCUUCGUCCCCUCUGUGGAUGGAGGUGGCCGGGGCGUGGCCAUGGUGACGGCUGUGGCUGCCCGCCUGGCUGCCCAGCGCCGCCUGUUGGAGGAGACGCUGGCACCCUUCCGGUUGAGCCGUGAGCAACUGGUAGCAGUGCAGACUCAGAUGCGGGAGGCCAUGGUCAAGGGGCUCCGAGGAGAGGCGUCCUCCCUCCGAAUGCUGCCCACUUAUGUCCGGGCCACCCCAGAUGGCAGUGAGAGAGGGGACUUCUUGGCCUUGGAUCUGGGGGGCACCAACUUCCGGGUCCUCCUGGUCCGUGUGACCGAGGAAGGUGCACAGAUCAUCAACCAUGUCUACUCAAUCCCCGAGUGUGUGGCCCAGGGUUCUGGGCAGCAGCUGUUUGACCAUAUUGUGGACUGCAUCGUGGACUUCCAGCAGCAGCAGGGCCUGAGCGGGCAGAGCCUGCCUUUGGGCUUCACGUUCUCCUUCCCGUGCCAGCAGCUGGGCCUGGACAAGGGCAUUCUCUUGAACUGGACUAAGGGUUUCAACGCGUCAGACUGUGAGGGUCAAGAUGUCGUGUGUCUGUUGCGGGAAGCCAUCAGACGCAGACAGGCAGUGGAGCUGAAUGUGGUGGCCAUUGUCAAUGACACGGUGGGGACCAUGAUGUCCUGUGGCUAUGAGGAUUCCCGUUGUGAGAUGGGCCUCAUUGUUGGGACUGGAACGAAUGCUUGCUAUAUGGAAGAGCUCCGGAAUGUAGCAGGUGUGCCUGGGGGCCAAGGACACAUGUGCAUCAACAUGGAGUGGGGUGCCUUUGGAGACGAUGGCUCACUGGGCACACUUGGCACCUGUUUCGAUGAGAGGGUGGACCAGGCAUCCAUCAAUCCGGGCAAGCAGAGGUUUGAGAAGAUGAUCAGCGGUAUGUACCUGGGAGAGAUUGUCCGCCAUAUUCUCUUGCAUUUAACCAGCCUUGGAGUUCUCUUCCGGGGCCAGGAAACCCAGCACCUUCAGACCAGAGAUAUCUUCAAAACCAAGUUUCUCUCUGAGAUUGAAAGCGACAGCCUAGCCCUGCGGCAGGUCCGAGCCAUCCUGGAGGCCCUGGGACUGCCCCUAACGUCUGACGAUGCUUUGGUGGUCCUGGAGGUGUGCCAGGCUGUGUCCCGGAGGGCUGCCCAACUCUGUGGGGCAGGGGUGGCAGCUGUGGUGGAAAAGAUCCGGGAGAACCGGGGUCUGGAGGAGCUGGCCGUGACUGUGGGUGUGGAUGGGACCCUCUACAAGCUGCAUCCUCACUUCUCUAGCUUGGUGGCAGCUACAGUACGUGAGCUGGCUCCUCGUUGUGUGGUCACCUUCCUACAGUCGGAGGACGGGUCUGGCAAAGGUGCAGCUCUAGUCACUGCUGUUGCCUGUCGCCUUGCCCAGGAAACGCAAGUCUGAGGACGUCUCCAGGAACUACAGGACAAGGAUCUGGGGUUCAGGCUGUCCUUCAGCCAGGCUCAGCCCAUCAGGGACUCCCAGACAAGCCUCUGUGUGACCCCUUUAUGGCCACCUGUUCCUUGUGCCCUGACCCCAACCCCCAAGAG